AUGGCUAUUAGGCAUUUUAAAAGGAAGUUAGAGGCUGCUGAAAUAUCUUCCAGCGAUUCUGAGGAGGGUGAACCCCCAGUUCCAAAGAUUAGCGAAAGCUUACCUGCAAGCGAUGACCAAGAUCAAAAUAACGAGGAAGGUUCUUCUGCUUCCAAUUCCAGUGGAGAAGCAUCAGAGGGAUCUUCAUCAGAUUACGAAGAGGUUGUUUUCCAUAGACCUGUAUUCUUAAAGAAGAGUCAGAAGGAUUUAGCAAACGCUACUAGUAACGACACCCAAUCAACUACAACACCGACAACCGCAUUGGACCGUGCAAAAUACUUCAAUGAUGUAAACGAAAGGAGUAAAGCGCUAAAUGUGCUUUCAGCAACGUAUGGCACCAAUAAUGAGCUACUUCAGCAAAUCUUGAACCUCGAUGACAAUGAUAAUUUAAAUGAGAAAGAAAGGGAGCAAGAACUCUGGCUUGAGCGAAAGAAGCUACGCAAGAAAAGGCUACGUGAGAUAGAAUUACAGAAGCAGAAGGAACUAGAAGAAUAUGAGGCUAAUAAGCUAUUGAAUGAUGAAUUAGAGGCUAGUGAUGGAAUACCAACUGAAAAAACCGCUAUAACAUCGCAAAGAGAACAGAAUCGCUCUAAGGGCAACAAAACACGGUUCAAUAGUGAUCAUAAAGAUUACAAACCAUCCAAAGCACGAGAUUUUAAGCUUAAAGACUCCAUAUCGUCAGAAGAUACCCCUUCCAAUGAGUACUCCAUAAUAUGA